CCAAGAGAGGAGAUGCUGAGACGCCUGGACAGAGGAGAGAGCAAGAAUAGAGAACAACUCACUGAGCCCGUAAAAAGAAACAGAGUUGACCAAUCAUCAAAAAAAAGCAUUGGGAGGAAUGAAGUGCAGUCCUGGACGACAGCUGUCAACCAAUCCUUACAUAUUGUGUGGCAAAAAAUAAAGAGACAACUAAUAUUAGUCAUGUCUUUUCUCCUUGCUGCUCUCUGGUAUUGUAGAAGGCUCUAUGCAUACUUAGCACAGCUGUUGAAAUGGUGGAGUAGAUAUCUGCAGAGAAAAUUCAAAAAGAACCUCAGUGUACUGGCAGAAGUUGAUCUGCUUGGUUAUUGUGCAAGAGAAUGGAAAGGAGAAACCAAGCAGGCCAAGCAGAUGAAGGCGGCUUAUGAAGAACUAUUUUGGAGACACCAUAUUAAAUAUAUACGACUAGUCAGAAGAGAUAACUACUGUGCAUUAAGAGCUGUGCUGUUUCAGGUAUUCAGCCAGGGCAUUUAUUUUCCAUCAUGGAUGAAGGAGAGAGACAUUUUAAAGCUCCCCGAAAAGCUUCUGUAUUCACAAGGCUGCAACUGGAUCCAGCAAUAUAGUUUUGGACCAGAAAGAUACACAGGCGCCAACGUGUUUGGAAAAUUACGUAAAUGUAUUGAAACAUUAAAGACACAGUGGACUGAAAUAAGUGGUGUUAAAGACCACGACGAAAGAGGAAACAUGUGCAAUAUCCUUUUCUCUGAUGAAAGCAAGGAACAUAAGCUGUAUGAGGCUAUAAAAUUCAUCAUGCUUUACCAAGUUGUGGAAGCCUAUGAACAGAUGAAGAAUGAGCAGAAACGUGUACCCAUCCUUUUUAGCCUCCUUUUUGCUCGUGAUACGUCAUCUGACCCUUUGAGUUUCAUGAUGAAUCAUCUGAAUUCCAUAGGGGACACGGGUGGUCUGGAGCAGGUUGAAAUGUUUCUUCUUGGAUAUUUACUUGAAGUAAAGAUAAGAGUCUACAGACUGUAUAAGUUUAACACUGAAGAGUUCCAAGUAAACUAUCCAGAGGAGUAUCACAGGGACUGGCAGGAAGUCUCUCUUCUGACUGAGGAUGACCAUCACUAUCACAUCCCCAUUAUUAGAAUAUAAGACUGAUUUCUAAGCAUGCAGUAGAAGGAGUGACCAUCUCCAGUAAAUUAUCACCUUUAAGCCAAGUCCUUUGCUGGCAACAGUAGGAUUUCAAGUAACACAAAAUAAUGACGAUAGGGGACACAGGUUUAUUAUGUUAACUUCUUGCUUGCUUGUACUGACACAUAUCACCUGUGAUCUGCCUCAGACAAACAUGAAAUACAUAAUCAUACAAUCAUGACAAACUGGCAUAUUAGGGUUCUCAAAUUUAAAAAAUAUGGUAAAUCUCCUGUGAGAAAACAUUAUCACUAGAUAGUUGAUAGUCACUUGUUGAGCUAAGUCCAAAACACGUGUUGUGCAUAAACUUACAAUGCCAAAUGAUACCUAUUCUUUGUUUAAGAAGGGUGCUUCACCCACUGAUUUGGGAGAGAAACAAAGGCAAUAAUAAAAAUAAAUAACUUGCAAUAUAGCUUUACUCAAUAUAUACUCUUCCCCCUGCCCUCCCCCUCCCUUCUUUUUGGAAGGGUCAGAUUUUAAUGUUACUUAUCAAAAGUAUGUAAAGGAUUUUAUUUGCAAUUGGUUUGAGAAGGCUGUGCACUUCAGUGCAUUUAUAAAUACUGGCUUUUCACAAAAAUGUACAUUAUAUACAUUUAGCAGGACUCACAUUUCCUAAGCUUUUUUGUAUAUACAAUUUAAUACCUUUGAGUUACUUUCCUUAAUUUUGACAUCAAGGUUACUUCUAGUUUUUGAGGGUCUUAAGAAGUAUCCAGUAUAACAAGCAAAUUGUCUUAAAGUGUGGUGAAACAGCAGUUCCCACCUAUGUUCAUUAAAAAGAUAACUACUAGGAAGGAAGGGAAAUGCCAGAUACAUUAAAAAAGCAAGUAUUACUGUCUUGUAUAGGAAGCUUUACACAUUCCCAUCGUUCUAAGAAACUGAACUGCAGUUCCACCAUUUUAUAAAAUUAGGAAGCUUACCUUUAAUGAAAAUUAAAGUGAUAACAGUUUAGCAAUAUGUUUAUUUGUGGCACAUGAACAUUAUCCUACAUAAGGCUGCGAGUUUGUCAUAGAGGUCACGGAAGUCUCAGAUUCCAUGACUUUGCAGGACCUCCAUGACUUCUGCAGCCGCACUGUCAGGGAGGGAGUGAGGGCUCUGGAUGGCAUUUUCCUUGGGGGCUCCCCAGAAGUGGUGACAUCCCUCAGCUCCUACGUGGAGGUGUGGCCAGGCAGCUCUGUGCGCUGCCUCCGCCUGCAGACACCACUCCCUGUCCAAAGGGAGCUGCAGAGCUGCCUGGCCACACUUCCGCCUAGGAGCUGAGGUGGGGGGGAUGUUGCCACUUCUGGGGAGGCAUGGAGCCAGGUAGGGAGCCUGCCAGCCACGCCAAUCCCCCCCAGCACCAAUGGGGGUCCUGGGUCAAACGCCGCCACUUGCUCGCCAGCAUCAGCAGGGGUUCCAGGCUGUGCACCGCCUCCUACCCCUCCCCCCCAGCACCAGUGGUGCCCCCCGGGCUGUCCCCUGCAGCACCUCCAGAACUCCCGGGCCUAGUCCGGGGUGUAUAGUACAAGUCAUGGACAGGUCAUGGGCAAUUAAUUUUUGUUUACUGCCCAUGACUUGUCCAUGACUUUUACUAAAAAUACCAUGACUAAAAUGUAGCCUUAAUCAUAAGCUUAAAAUUAUUUGAGUCACUUCUCUAAUAAGAUUAUAUAUAAAGAGAAGAGUUUUUAAUAAGAAACAAUUUUCCUUUAAAUAAUGUUGAAAUCAUCUCCAAAGACACACAUGUAGUGUUUCUCUUGUUCUCACAGGAGAUAAUUUACCAGAAUGAAGUGGUGAAUCAGGUCCUCAGGAGCCAAGCCAAUUAUAUAUGCUUUGAGUACACAGAGCCUGAGCUAUUCCUUUCUUUAAUGAAAAGCGACUUUUUCCCCUUAUAUUUCUUUGCAUAUAUGUAUAUAUAUUUAUAAAGCAAACAUGGAUUUGGUGAGUACUGUAAUUGUUUUGUUUCCUGAAAGUUUUAUUGGAUUGGAUGGGUGUGUUCAAUAAUGUGUAGUCUUUAAUUAAAACUGUUUGAUACAUAAUUUUUUUUCAUCUUCCCAAAACCACAUUUCUGAUUAUAUUUUAUUUAUUAAAAAAACCUUUUUUUCCUGAAUUGAACAUGUUGCUCUUCUGUUUUGGUUCUGUUCUGUGUGGAAGUUUAAAAAUUGCUGAUAGUAGCAUACUGCUCUUAUUUACUGAAUACCAACAGUGUACUCACUGCUUUACUUAUGUAAACAGACAUGGCUCAGACCCUAGUAAGAUUAUAAUACAGUUUCCAUGCAGACAAAUAUGUGUACACAAAGUGCGUUUCUGCAGAAAUAUUUGCUAUACUUUUAUGAGUUACUU